GGGGAAAGGACAAAGGGAAGAGAGGCAGGGAAGAACUGGGAAGAAAUGGUACGCUCAUGUGAACAAGGGAUCCCUGCCUGGGUCUAUGUGGGCACCCUGCUCCUCUUCAUCCACUCUGUCACAGUUAGAGGAGCUGCCCUGAAGCAGGAGACGGCGUUGGACAAUGGGGCCACGGUGCUGAAUCACUCCAUGAGUUUGGUGCAGCGUCUGGAGACCCUGCUCACCAUGGGGAACGGCAGCGACGUGACUCUCCGAGUGCACACCAUCAACACCGACGAGGUGAAGGUGAUCCAGGCCCACAGCCUGGUCCUCACGAUGCAGAGCGACGUGUUCGAGGAGCUGCUGCUCAGCCGCAACAACAGCGCUCUGGUCCUGAGGGAGCCGGCCGACUGCGCGGCUGUCUUUGACAAGUUUGUCAGGUAUCUGUACUGCGGUGACAUCUCUGUGCGGCUGGACCAGGCCAUCUCCCUGCACAAGCUGGCCAGCAAGUACCGCGUGUGGGGCUUGCAGCAGGGUCUGACCCAGUAUAUGACCCAACAUCUGUCGAGCGAAUCUCCGGCGGGCCACGUGGUCGGCUGGUACAACUACGCGCUACUAAUCGGGGACAUGGCCCUGCGGGACAGCUGCCUGCAGUACCUGGCCUGGAACCUGACGUCGGUGCUGCAGAGCGGAGAAUGGGUCUCCAUCAGCGAAGACCUGCUCCUCUCCUUGCUCCAGCGCUCUGACCUCAUUCUGCAGAGCGAGCUGGAGCUCUACGAGGCCCUGGAGGCCUGGAUUAGCCAGAACCAGCCUGUCAGCGCGACAGUGGAAAUUGCCCUGAAGGCGGUUCGAUACGGCAUGAUCCCCCCGCAGCACCUCUUCCGUCUUCAGAAGCAAUCCCACCUCAUGCUGAAGUAUUACGAGUCCAUCCGUGAUCUACUCUACCUAGCUUUCCAGUUUCACUCCGCCUCGCCUAUCCAGCUGGCCAAGUACUUUGAUGUCAACUGCAGUAUCUUCACCCCCCGUAACUACCUGUCGUCCUCCUGGGGCUCCCCCUGGGUCAUCAAUAACCCCACCCGCGAUGACCGCAGUUUCAGCUUCCAGACCCAGCUCGGGCCCAGCGGCCACGACUCCAGCAAGAGAGUGACCUGGAACGCCCUGUUCUCCCCUCGCUGGCUCCCCCUCAGCGCCAGGUCAACCUACACCGAGCUGGGCGCCAUGCAGCCGACGCGCACGGACGGAGGUCGACCUCGCAUCAUCGUAACGCCGGCCACCUCCAGCCCAGACUUUGCCGGCGUGAGCUUCCAGAAGACGGUGAUUGUGAUGUCAAGGCAGCAAGGAAAAGUGGUGGUUCGCCAUGUCUACAACUUCCACCAAAGCACAGAGGAGGCCGGGGAUUUCCUGGUGGAUGCCGACCUGCAGCGCCGCGCAUCUGAGUACCUCAUUGACAGCUCCCUCUACCUGCACGUUGUCAUCAAACCUCUCUACCAUACCCUCCUGGUUGCCAGGAAGUAAAGGCAGGAAUUCAGUGUGGGCCUCCAUCCUCCGUCAUCCACCACCCACCCUCCACCCACGCAAUCACGCGCACUUAUCCCAAAGUAAACUCAUAUCACAGCACAUGUGUAUGCAUCAGGUCUGUGACAUCUCCAUAGUUAAGUAUUCUGUGCAUUUUGUUGUCUUCCAACUAUUUAGCAAGGAGGCGUUUGGUACAAUAAAUGACUCACAAUUCAA